CGUUUCGCCGACACAUGGGGUCAACCGAGCUGAAUGGGUUCACACUGAAGGACUACUGGCUCGGACGCGGACGCACACGCAGACGCCGAUGAGAGCGCGCGCGCUAAUUAGGAAAACCUGGUCGAGCAAUUAAGCGCGAGGAGUGAACACGCGCGGGACGGAGCGGCAGAAGAGCUGGUUUAGCUCCACGGUCACCUCGGCACCAUGAGCUGGAGCUUCCUCACUCGUCUGCUGGACGAGAUCUCCAACCACUCCACGUUCGUGGGGAAGGUCUGGCUGACUGUGCUGAUCAUCUUCCGCAUCGUGCUGACAGCCGUCGGAGGUGAAACCAUCUACUACGAUGAGCAGAGUAAAUUUGUGUGUAACACGCAGCAGCCCGGAUGUGAGAAUGUUUGCUACGAUGCGUUUGCACCACUCUCACACGUCAGAUUCUGGAUCUUUCAGGUGAUUAUGAUCACAACCCCCACCAUUAUGUACCUGGGAUUUGCAAUGCACAAGAUUGCAAGAAGUGAAGACAGCGAGUACAGACCUGUGAAGAAGCACAAGAAGAGGAUGCCCAUCGUGAGUCGAGGCGCAGUUCGAGACUACGAAGAGGCAGAGGAUAAUGGAGAGGAAGACCCCAUGAUUGCUGAAGAAAUCGAACCAGAGAAGGUGGAAAAAGCAGACAAAAGUGCAGAGAAAAAGCACGAUGGUCGUCGGCGAAUCCUCCGUGACGGCCUCAUGAAAGUCUAUGUUUGCCAGCUGAUGUGGCGCUCCGCCUUCGAAAUCGCCUUCCUCUUCGGCCAGUACAUCCUCUAUGGCUUCGAGGUGAUCCCUUCCUACAUCUGCACCCGCUCGCCGUGCCCCCACACGGUUGACUGCUUCGUGUCCCGCCCCACAGAGAAAACCAUCUUCCUCCUCGUGAUGUACUUCGUCUCCUUCCUCUGCCUGAUCCUCACCAUCUUCGAAAUCAUCCACCUCGGGAUCGGCGGUAUAAGAGAUACCUUCCGCAGGAGGGCAACUUUGACCUCACGAGGCCCACGACCGAUCUCACGCGCCAUGCCGACAGCUCCGCCCGGAUACCACGCCACCAUGAAAAAGGAGAAGCUUAAAGGGGAGCUGAGGGACUUGCCGAUGGGCGACUCGGGGCGGGAGAGCUUCGGGGACGAGGUGCAGUCAUCCAGGGAGAUUGAGCGGUUGAGGAGGCACCUGAAGCUGGCACAGCAGCACCUGGACCUGGCCUACCAGGCUGACGAAGGGAGUCCUUCACGGAGCAGCAGCCCGGAGGUGAACACGGCUGCUGAGGCGGCUGCCGAGCAGAACCGGCUCAACUUCGCCCAGGAAAAGCAGGGAGAGACCAGUGAGAAAGGAAUACAUGCCUGAGCGUGCUUCCUGCCUCAAACGUCUGCGCCUCCAUUCCUACUGGCCUUAAACACAUGGGGGAAGCACAUAUGGGAGUGCAGUCAGACCACUGAGGGAGACCAAGAGCGUGUGUUUGUGUGCGUGUGUGUGUGCGUGGAUGAGAGAAACGUGCCUUUCAGUAUUAGGGGUCGGCCUGAACGCCUGACUGAGGUUCAUCUCCACGACUGUAAACUUGAAAGCCGGCCACAUCUCCAGUUUCUACUCGCCAGCUUCGACCGUGCCUUCAGCUGAAACCAUGUCUACACCCUUUUUUUUUUUUCCUGUACGCCCACUCUAUGUUUUUGUGGCCAUGCUGUAAUCCUCCAUUUCAAACCUCGCAAGGAUUACGGAAAGCUCCUCCAGCCGAGUCUACUUUAGUUGUCUGUCUCACAAAAGAGAUGCUGUUUAUAAAAACGUCCCUGAAUCAUAACUUUGUCGGCUUCGGAGAGAUUUCAAGCAACGCAGCCUGGAGUUACGCCGUGAACGGAGCACGUGCAGUAGAUUUUUGGGGGGGGGGGCUUAACAUGAACUAGAUAGGUCACAUUUCACAGAUUUGAUUCUAGGGAUUAUUGUUGAAUAGCUGGAACCACACCAUUAAUUUCAUACUAUUUUACAGAUUCUGUAGCCUGUAUAUUUGCUCAAAUUGGCCAAAAUGUUUACCUGGGAAAUGCUUGAAUUCUGUAAAGACCGGAACUGUUCCAAGAGAUUUCCAAUUACAAUCAAUUCAUUUAAACAUUUUUUACUUCUUGACCAAAGCUCUGUCCAGAUUAGAAGGAAGUGAACGCCACCUGUUUCACAUAACUGCUGAAAAAUAGGCUCUUGGAUGUUAGAUAAUCCUUUUUUUCCUUUCCUUGAUUUAUGUACAAAACAAAUGAUUCAUAAUGUUGGUGAAGAAAGCUUAGAAAAUGUCACUUUUUCUUUCGUAAAACAGCUGAAAACAUCUGUCUCCCGGGCUACCGUCAACAAUGACAUUCCAUCCUCGUCCUUUCGAUUUACAUUUUUCUCCGCUGAGACAUAUUUUCCAUCCUUGACGUGCACCGCUGCCCCUCCGCUCCUGAAACACGGGUGCUUUUCAUGCACCCUGAAGAGAAAGAAAACCCAGCUGAGGAGGGGAUGACAGUUGGCUGCUGACGCACAGCCCGGCGCCAUGUAAACACAAACUCAUUCUCCAUUCAUCAUGAGACUUUUGAUCAAUCGCUUUCCGUGUCCAGUGUACUUUGGUUUUAUGAUCUUUGGCUGGAAUAAUGAAACUGCAGAUCGCCAAAGAGCUGUUUGAUGCUGUAUUUUUGUAAUCAUCUCAAUUUCAACAUUUCAUACAAGGUACGACGCUCCAUUUUUUGAAUAUGGUACUUUUUUUCAAUGCUUUUUUUUCUAUUGUCAGUUUUGUAGUUUUUGUAACUGUAGAGAUUAUUUUGUCUUCAGAGUAAAUAAAUAUAUUUGAACGGUA